GAUAGCAUUGAUAAACAUUUGAUUUCGUUAAAAUCACGAAAUUCUUUCCAUUCUAUAAAAACCCCUGCCAGAGUAUGAACUUUUUGUUGGAUCUGCACAAAUUCAUUAAACGAUAAAUGAUUUCCAUUUACAAUUCUUCGAAAUGGUUCAGAUCCCUGCGUAUUUUAGCCCUGCCUUGAAUACAAAUUAUCACAGGGCUAUUCUGUUUACAGCCUUAUUUUUUAUAAGAAGUCUUUAGAAAAAUAAUUCCGCAGCCUAUUUUUUCAUAGCCAAUUUAAAUUCGUACCAAAGAAUAAUGAAAAGUUUUUUUUUUAAAAUGAUGUAACAAUAAGACGAACCUUUAUACAGGACAAACAUUUCAACAUAAUAUGCAUCAUGUUAAUUUCCUUUCUAGCUUUUCGUUAUAUUCUAAAACUUUCUGCUUAUUUGAACCGAAGGGCAAAUCACUCCCAGAAAAUCUCGUACACCUUUGGUGGAAAUCCUAUUGUUUAAUCGGAAAAUCCCAAGAAAUCCUUUUGUUUUAGGGAGAAUCUCGUACGCUAUUUACAAGAGUGAAUUGCCCCUCGAUUUGAACAAGGUCUAUUGUGUUUAGCAGUUGAAGACGUGUGACUAUCGAAGAAUUAUUUGGCAAUGACUUUGAUUCCGGGACACUCAUUAGCUGUUGAUUGUUAAUGCUUCUUUUAUUAAGCUUAAAGGAUACUUUUAUGGUCUUACGUGUCUCUAGCUGAUUGGUUGUUAUUAAUACUUGGUAAUAUGAUUUUAUCUUUAAACUCGCUGUAGUAUUUUUUAGCAGGGAUGUAGUCGUAAAAUAUUAACAAGGGGGGCUCCAUCAAAUUUCUAAGUUACUCUUGUCAUGUAAUUAUUGCAAUUUGAACAUGGUGAGGUUUGACGUUUUUCCGAACAUUGGUUGAGCAGCCAGGUACAUUGACCGUGUGCGAGCGGCAGCUGAGAUGAGAGCUUCGAUACUAUGGAAAGAGUAGGGCGGGGGGUGGUACUUUGUUGCAAGUGAGAAGGCAAAAUGUUUAUAUUGCUCAGGAGUUCAGUAAAAUUUUGCUAAGGAGAAAAAUUUUGAGAUAUGGCCUUCUAAGAAUGGCAAGAAAUGCAUCUAAAAUAUUUAUGGCAUCGAUAAGGAAGAAUUUUUUGUUCAACAAUAAUGACCCAUUGGUUGUAUUUUGAAUUGAAAAAUUUCCUGCUGUGUUAACAAAAGAGAGGUGAUUUUAUCAGUUAAUGAACAGUGCUACUACAAAUGUCAUGCAGAACUGUUAUUCAUUGGACUUGGAGAAUAUUCAUAGUUUGCAGAUAUAGAAAAAUCAAUUUUGAAAUAAAUACAGCUUUAAAAACACCAGAGCCUAAAAUUAUCCAAAAGAUAAGAACAUCCAGAGCUGAAAAAAAAAUUGAAUUGUUCUUAUUGUUCUAUAAAAAAGAGUGUAGUGCAUGAAAUAUUAAAAAUAGACAAGACAGAGUCAAACAAUAGCAACCGGUGGUUGAAUCAGGCAUUUCUAAAUGCAACAAAAAAACAACUGUCUCUACAAAACUGCAACUAAACGUAGUCAGUAAGAAAUCAUUCAAGAAUUUUCCAACUGUAUUUGUCAAACUUUGUGUACAUUUUCAUGCAUAUUAAAGCUUGCAGCGCCUUCAAAUAUGUCAGUUGCUUCUCUUUUCCUUUUCUGGUUUAGUCGUCAAGUUUUGGUGAAGUAACAAUUAAUUUAGGGGGCUCCGGCCAGGCCUACAAUUUCCCGACAAGAAAUUAGAUUAUUUUUCUUUAGGCUCGCGGCACUGAUUGGUCAACCAUACCGGUCUUGUGCUUGCGUUUUUCUGAUUGGCCUAUUUCGAUCCACAACUGGGUAUAUAUUUUCCAUCGUGUUCUUUCGGAACCUUAUUCUGACGUUUUAUGCUCUGAGGAGUGUCAGACGAAAAAGCUUUUAGUAUGUCGUAAAGUGUUUGCUUUUUUCAAAGCCAUUUUCAAAUUCUGUACCGCAAAAAAAUUGUUCACAACUUAGACUCUAUAGAAUAUCUGUGGUUUGAAAGCCCGACUCCGUUUAGAGUCACAUUUGGUGUGACUAGAAGCGGAGUGUGCUGCAAUUUUCUAGUAAAUUUCUCCCUAGCCCUCAGUGAGCCUUACAAUUUUUCACCGUUCAAUGAUGUCAAGACAACCCAAUAACAAGAGGGCAGUACAAAAGAACAAAAAGAUUUCACAAUAGGGAUUUCCUCAUUGGCGUUGACUGCGAGUUGAACAAUGAUUGCCAGGUGUUUUUCUCAACCUUGCGUUCAAGUUGGGAUCAAUGUCGUCGAAUUGCUGUGAAAUUCGCUGGUUGGUAAAUUUGAGAAUAUUGUCGAAAAAUGGAAGAAGGACAGACAGCAAACACGUUCAUAAAUGCAGAUCCAUUCAGAGUACCGACCAGAACGAACGAGGAUACGAGUUCAGAAAAAGUCAAACUCGAAUGCAACAAAUGGACAGACGAUGUUAUCCGCCGACUUAUCUUGCUCUGGGGCGAAAGACCUGCGUUGUACGACACGAAACAUGAAUGGUAUUUCAGUAAAAACAAGCGACGGGAUUCAAUGAUCGAGAUCUGCGAAGAUUUGAAUAUGUCAUUCCAUGAAAUUCAGCUUAAAAUGGUCAGUUUACGAACAUACUACGGCUCUCAGCAGCGAAAGAAAAUUGCUUGGGAGAACGACCCAACAAAGACGUCUCCCUUUAAAAGCAGGUGGCAGUUUUGGACUCCCCUUCAAUUUCUGCAAGACCACAUGACGCAAAAGCCUGCAGAAAACAAAACUACAUAUGUUUUGGAAGAUGAUUGCCAGUCCCCUGAAAUACUGGAAGAUUUCGAUAAAGAUGAAUCUGAUGAUAGUAAAACACAAAUCCCAAGAUUCAGAGCUUCAAAAAGAAAAGUGGAGAGGCAUGCAAAUAUCAUGGACUUAGAAAUGAACACCCAGUGCACUGAUAAUGCAGAUGAAUCAACAGAAAAAAGAACAAGAACUGGAAAGGAAUUUUCUUCUAGAUCAGAUGAUGAAUUAUUUGCAACAGUUAUUCUUAAAUCUCUUGGGAAGAUUGAAGAAGGUGAGGCAAAAGAAGCAUUAAAACUGGAAAUUCAAAACCUGAUCUUUAGAACACGAUUUGGCUCUCAAAAUUCUGUUGUAAGUUAUAGUCCGAGUCAUAUGCAAGGGGCAUACCCAAACCAUUUUAUGUAUGGAAACACUUUCGUUCGUGGAAAUAGUGAAAUACAAGUGCAUACAAAUAAUGGAAGUGAUGAAGAACCUACCAUGGCUGGCAGGCGAAAGCCAAUUAAUCCCAAGCGCUCGACACAAGGUGAAAUAAUCAAGAUGUGAAGUAUUUUGUAUUCUGCAUGAGAUAAAGAAUGAAUUUAUUGGUCAACUUAAGCUCUUUUCAAUGUUGUUUGCAAUCAAGAUGCUUUAAGAGAAAAUCUGCAUGUUAAAGUUGUGGCCUCCUUUGAAUCAAAGUUGUAUUUGUAUUACAAAGAACAAUUUUCAUAAACUGUACAAUAUCAGCCAACAGGCAAACCUUUGUAGUAAUAAAAGAAGCAAGCAAAAUUUACACUUACAACUUUUGACACAUAUAUGUGUCAAAAGUUGUAAUACAUCAUAUGUAUAUAUAUAUUUAUGUUGUAUUACAGUAAAAGCUCUAUUAAGCCCCCCCCUUUUUUUAACCUAAAUCUCUUUUAAAUCUCCUAAAUCUCUCUAUCAAGCCUCCCUUUUCAAGCAAAAAUUAAAAAUAAGCCCCUCCUCUCUAUUACUUCCCCCUUUAGCCCC